GAGGAUGCAACAUGGCUGAGUUGAGGACCAUCGAUAGAUGAUGAUCAACGACCCUGCACGCACUGUGUUUGGGGGCGUUACCCUCCACUUCACCAGACACGCCCGCUUCCCUUCGAGCUGAGUUCACUGGUAUUCGGUAUUCGGUUUGCCGGAGACUUUCAGAAGUGAUUCCUUUGACAAGAAAAUAACUAUAUACCACAAAUCACUCCCGAAAGGACAGGAGCAACGAACGGAUCAAUCGCCUGGUGGAGGUUUUGCCUCUUCUGUGGGACUUCCUUAAUUCCUACUCCUCGCGCGCUCCUUUUAUCUGAGAACUAGAGAGAUUUCUGAAAGAAAAAAAACAACAGUAGGCUAGAGGAAGAAAGAACACUUGUUUGAUUGGUUGAUGCCUGUUUGUCUUCUCUAAAAUAUUGUCUCUUUCUUUAAGUGACGUUUAAUGACUUUUGGCAGCGCUCCUUGAACCAGAAGACACCCAGCGCUUCUCGUCCUCUUGGCUCCCCCUCGUCACUUUCACCUGAUGGUCCAGGAACACUUAUAUUCUUCACAAGAGUUGUUGACGCACAGGUCACUGAUCCCUGGAUGUUGACAGCUCCUUUUCCCAGUCCACGAGCAGACCUUCAUAUCGUUCAUAUUUCUCUCGCUCUCUCGUUACUGAGAGAAAACUAAAAAAUAAGUGAUAAACAUUACGCCUAACCAUCUCUAUCGCCGUCUGUGUGAUCAAAAGCCACGGGGAAGGAAGGAAAAGGAAACGAUAGAGAGAGAGGGCGAGAGGGAAAUAGUGAGUGACGGGAGGAGGAACCGUGAGUUUUGAUGUUUGGGAUCCAGGAGAACAUCCAGAGGAGCGGAAGUAUUAUGAAAGAAGAGCCCAUGGUGGCCGGGAUGAACGCUGUUCGGAGCUGGAUGCAGGGCGCCGGGCUGCUGGACGUCAGCACAGCCGCCCAGAGCGGCGUGGCUCUGGCCCGGGCACAUUUCGAGAAGCAACCGCCCUCCAACCUCCGCAAGUCCAACUUCUUCCACUUCGUGCUGGCUCUGUACGACAGACAAGGCCAGCCGGUGGAGAUAGAGAGAACCAGCUUCGUUGGAUUUGUUGAAAAGGAAAAAGAAACGCCAGGGGAAAAAACCAACAAUGGUAUACAGUACCGGUUACAGCUCCUAUACAGCAAUGGUAUCAGGACAGAACAGGACUUUUACGUGCGCCUCAUCGAUUCCAUGACCAAACAGGCGAUCAUCUAUGAGGGACAGGAUAAGAACCCUGAGAUGUGUCGGGUUCUACUGACUCACGAGAUUAUGUGCAGUCGGUGUUGUGAUAAGAAGAGCUGUGGCAACAGAAACGAGACGCCCUCUGACCCCGUCAUCAUUGACAGGUUCUUCCUCAAGUUCUUCCUGAAAUGCAACCAGAACUGUCUGAAGAAUGCAGGGAACCCACGAGACAUGAGACGUUUUCAGGUGGUGGUGUCUACCACGGUGAGUGUGGACGGACAUGUCCUCUCUGUGUCUGACAACAUGUUUGUCCACAACAACUCUAAACACGGUCGCCGGGCCAGGAGACAAGACCCUUCAGAAGGAACACCCUCGUACCUGGAGCAUGCCACCCCUUGUAUCAAGGCCAUCAGCCCCAGUGAGGGCUGGACUACAGGCGGGGCUACAGUAAUUAUCAUUGGAGAAAACUUCUUUGAUGGACUUCAGGUCAUAUUCGGUACCAUGCUGGUCUGGAGUGAGCUCAUCACAGCCCACGCCAUCCGGGUGCAGACUCCCCCAAGACACAUUCCUGGGGUUGUAGAGGUCACUCUGUCAUACAAGUCUAAACAGUUCUGCAAGGGCACACCUGGACGCUUCAUAUACACAGCGUUGAAUGAGCCCACUAUAGAUUACGGCUUCCAGAGGUUGCAGAAGGUCAUCCCCAGACAUCCAGGAGACCAGGAGAGACUACCUAAGGAAGUCAUUCUAAAGAGAGCGGCAGACUUGGUAGAAGCGCUGUACGGGAUGCCACAUAACAACCAGGAGAUGAUUCUGAAGCGGGCAGCAGACAUGGCAGAGGCGUUGUACACAACGUUGCCACGCAGCCACAACCAGCUGACUGGGAUGGGCAGCGGCUCCGUCCACGCCGGCAUGAUGGCCGUCAACUCCUUCCCCGGGUCAGAGGUCACACAGAUAGCCAAUCAGGGUUACAGUAGGAGUAGCAGCAGUGCAUCUCCUCAUGGUUAUGUCCCCAGCACCACUCCACAGCAGACCAGCUACAGCUCUGUUUCCACUAGCAUGAACGGCUACACUAACUCUGGCAUGACCACGCUAGGAACCUCACCCAACUUCCUCAACGGGUCAGCCACCAACUCACCCUAUGCUAUCGUUCCCUCCAGUCCCACCAUGGCCUCCACCACCAAUCUUUCAUCCAACUGCAGUAGUUCUUCAGGCAUCUUCUCCUUCUCUCCGGCCAACAUGGUGUCUGCUGCGGUCAAACAGAAGAGCGCCUUCGCCCCUGUUGUACGGCCGCAGACCUCCCCUCCACUCACCUGCACCAGCGCUAUUGCUAACGGACUGCAAGUAGAUCAGUCUUUUGUGGACUCUAGCAAGUACUCCUCCUCCAGCUCUCUUCAGGGUCUGGCCUUCUCCUGAAUGAUUCCCGGGAUGAUUGUUCCAUCCAUGAAGAUCUGUGAACGUUGAGGAUUUGGGAAUGUUGACAGGAAGAGAACGUGUCUGAUGUGUCUCUGUGUCACACUCCUACCCUCUGGACCGGAAUAGAAUACUGAACUCAAAAUGGAAGCCUUGUUAAACUCAGGCCUUUGUAGAAGGAAUCUCAUUGGAAGGAAGAAGGAUGAAGAAGAGGACGAAAAUAACAUUUUUGAUGUAAUUUCCUUUCCCUGUGAAUUUGUGAACCUUCUCAGACACAACUUGGAGUCAAAUAAUAAAGUUAUUUAAAAUUAAUUGAACUGUAUUGAAAUGAAUUUGAUUUAAUGGAAUUGAUAAUAUGUAUGACCUCAUGACCCUGUCCACACCCCAAUUGAGUAAUAAUAUGUAUGACCUCAUGACCCUGUCCACACCCCAAUUGAGUAAUAAUAUGUAUGACCUCAUGACCCUGUCCACACCCCAAUUGAGUAAUAAUAUGUAUGACCUCAUGACCCUGUCCACACCACAGUUCAGUGACAAUAUGACUGACCUCAUGACAAAAGCAUUUAUUUAUGUUUUCUGUGUAUUUAUUGGUAUAAUGUUUAAGUUUGAUCUAUUGUAUGCCUUCUUACAGACUGUAACACGUACAAACAACACUGAAGCUGAUUGGCUAUAAGGGUUUGUGUAAGUAGAUAGCUCCAACAUGACUGGAUAGGAGUUAACAGGGGUUGUAACAAAGUUGUCUCGUAUCAGUUUACAUUUAGUAACUGUAAACAAUGUAUAGCCUCAAAACACGGUUAAACUUAGAAUCUCCAUCUCAUGGCUGGUCAGUCCUUGCAUCCAUAGCCCUGUCUAUGGAUUUGAGAGUAGUUACAUAUCUCCAUCUCAUGGCUGGUCAGUCCUUGCAUCCAUAGCCCUGUCUAUGGAUUUGAGAGUAGUUACAU